GGCAUCGGUUGUAGCGUCGUCGCGGUUGGCCGAGGGCGGGGUGUGUGUGCGCGUGUUGUAGCCUUGUAGGUGUUCGCGGGCUGUUUGACUGCGGGCCCUUUUGAGGAUGCCCCUUGGGGAGUACACUUUCGUGCGGGCUGCAGGCAAAGGCAGCUACGGGGAAGUGAGCAUAGUGCGGCACAGGCGCGACAACAAACAGUAUGUUAUUAAAAAACUGAACCUUAAACAUGCAUCCAGCCGUGAGAGAAAAGCAGCAGAGCAAGAAGCCCAGCUAUUGUCUCAACUAAAACAUCCCAAUAUAGUCACUUACAGGGAGUCCUGGGAAGGGGAAGAUGGUCUUCUCUAUAUUGUUAUGGGCUUCUGUGAAGGAGGAGACCUGUAUCAUAAGCUGAAAGAACAGAAAGGAACACUUUUGCCGGAGAAUCAGGUGGUGGAAUGGUUCGUUCAGAUUGCUAUGGCAUUGCAGUAUUUGCAUGAAAAGCACAUUCUACACAGAGAUCUCAAAACUCAAAAUGUUUUCCUGACACGUUCAAAUAUUAUCAAAGUGGGAGAUCUGGGAAUAGCCAGAGUGUUGGAAAAUCAGUAUGACAUGGCUAGUACUCUCAUAGGCACACCGUACUAUAUGAGUCCUGAGUUGUUCUCAAACAAGCCUUACAAUUAUAAGUCUGAUGUUUGGGCUUUGGGUUGCUGUGUCUAUGAAAUGGCGACAUUGAAGCAUGCUUUCAACGCUAAAGACAUGAAUUCAUUAGUUUAUCGAAUUAUUGAAGGAAAGCUGCCACCAAUGCCAAAAGAUUAUAGUAUUCAGCUGAAAGAACUCAUAAGAACUAUGCUUAGUAAAAAGCCAGAAGAAAGACCGAGUGUGAGAAGCAUACUGAGGCAACCAUAUAUCAAACACCAAAUCUCUCUGUUUCUGGAGGCCACAAAAGCAAAAACAUCCAAAAAUCAUAAGAAAAUGUCUGAUUUGAAGCCCCAAAGUUCUGCAGUAACCUCAGGGAAUGCUGAAAUGAAAAAUGGAAAUAUAAUAUCCCAGAAACAUCCUGGCGAGCACUUAAGAAAAUCUAAUGGAAAUGAAGAGAAAUGUUUAAUUAACAAUAAAACCUAUGAAGUUUCUCCCUCAGGAAAACUGGCUACUGAGUCUGAAAAAAGUAUAAACAACAAUAUUUUGAACAGCACAGAUGUCUCUAUAGCAACAAUGAGCAAAGUGGAUAUAGUUCUUGUUCCACUGGAAAAGGGGAAGUCAAAAAAUGAAAAGUUAGUAGAGAACAACAAAAACAGAUAUUCAAGUAUUCCUAGUGAAACAGAGUUUGAAACAGCAAUAAAUGGCCCACCAUUUAAGGAAGAAAAAUCGCAGAAAGUUACAACGCUGUAUUCCAGGACAGAAAAAGUAGAUUUUAAGAAGACUUUUGUUGAUGAAGUGGAUGAUAGCAAUGACACCAUGAAACUUCUGCAGCCUAUUUCAGAGGCUCAAAACACAAGUGAUCAAAAUCUGGAUUCUACUGAGAAAUUGCUGGCACCAUAUAUUCCUGUAGUAAUUCUUGAUCGGGCCUUCUAUGAAAACCCAGCAGAAAGUAACGGUAAAAUUCAGAAUGAAAGUGCCCAUUACCUUCAGCCCCAAGGAUCUGAGCACGAGCCUUCCCUGUCACGACAACGGCGACAUAAGAAAAAACAACAGUUAGUUGGCUCUUCAGAAAAGGGAUCCAGACUGGCUUACAACAUUGCUGUCAUCCCCUCUGUUUUAUCUUCACAACAAUCCUGUCAGGCCGUAGUUCAUAUUCCUCAAACGCUACCUUCUCUUCCUGAUGUGAAUGUGAAGACAAGAAACUACAGUGCAGGCAAACAGAGUGCUGUGAUUGCAAAGCCUAUUAGCAGAUCAAACAGCAUUGAGGUAGCAUCUUCUAAGGAUCGGCCUCUGUCAGCACGAGAGAGAAGAAGACUAAAGCAAUCUCAGGAAGACAUGCUUCCUUCUGGGCCUGUUAAGAGAAGAGCAUCUCAUAGUGCAGUAACAGAAACAAAAGUGGUAGAGGAUGAUGGUAUUCAAACUGCUCAGUCAUCUUCUGAGCCAAGCAUUUACAAGAAAAAAAGCUUAAUUGGUUGCUUUUGUGAGGAUGAGCUGAGCACCUCUUCCAGCUCCACAGAAAAAUCAGAUGGAGACUGCAAAGAAGGAAAAACAAAUGAAAUGAAUGAUUUGGUACAGUUGAUGACCCAAACACUGAAAAUGGACAAUAAAGAAAAUUGUGAACAAUCUGCAGUACCAGUUCCUGAAUCACAGUUCAUGCUUAAUAGAAAAUACAGAGACACCCUUAUCUUACAUGGGAAAGCAUCAGAAGAACCAGACACAUUCCAAUUUCAGGAAUUUUCUUCAGAUAUUCUGUCUGGUCCUGAAAAAAUCAGGAGACUGAUCGAAAUCUUAAGGGCAGAUGUAGUACAAGGACUUGGAGUGAAACUUCUGGAAAAGGUGUAUGAUGUUAUGGAGGAGGAUGAUGAACAGAAGAGAGAGCUGUAUUUGCGGGAGCUGAUGGGAGAAAAGUACACUUCUUACAGCAUAAAGGCCCGUCACUUAAAGUUCUUAGAAGACAACAUCAAGCUUUGACACAUACCGCCAUUGAACCACUUAUUCCUGAAGGAAACAACGAAACUUUAUUCAAGAGUUCUUUGAGGUUCAGCAGAUUUUCAUUUUCCUGUAUAGAAUAAGCUGUCUGUAAAUCAGAGCUUUGUUGAAAGCCUAGUGCAGGAAAUGUUUGGCACACUUGAAAUCUCAAUUUUAUGUGACCACACAUGGCUAACUGCCACUGGUACUUGCAUGUAAAAAGUACAGGAUUGUAACUUGAGUACAGAACUGCCUCUUCCAUAUAAAGGUUAUUAUAAUAUGAGGAAAGUGGAGGAAGGGCAAGAAAUAAUUCAGCAUUUGAGCCCUGUUCUGUGGCAUCCUAAAUUACAAAUGAGCAAUUUGUAGAUAGGGAAAAGCUGGUUACUUUAGCUGACCAUUUUUUAAAGUCAUUUUGUGACAACUACCAAAUUUCUGUGGUUGGAAGACUUUUCUGUAUGUUCAAAAGUAUACUAAACAUAAUGAAGAAUUGCCUCCCCAUGACAUAUCUGAAUAGUUCUAGUGCUCAGUUACCAUGAACUAGUUUCCUUUUCUUUGGGCCAAAAACCUGACUAGGAAAGAAAAUAUAAAAUACACUAAUGUAAAUGGUUGCAACUUUCUGGUAUUUUAUUUAGGUUGAAAUAGCUUAUUAUACCAAGCUAGGAUGAUGUUGCAAUAUGCAAGGUCUCUAAAUUUUAUAGAACUAAAGCAUCACAAGGUGGCUUCAAGCUGAAGUUUUUUAAAAGUCUGCUAUUUGAUUCAGGGUCUUGACAGUCAGAAACUUACAUAUUCUUAAGUAUCAAUUGGUUUUAAUUGAUAAUGUAAAUUAUAUCUCCUAAUCUUUAUGGCCAUCACCCCUACCUUGUCCUACUCCCAGGUGCUUUGAAUGUAUUAUCUCUUGUCUGAAUGUUUUUAAGUAAUGAAAUUACUUUUUGUAAAUAAAAUUCUUAAGUCUUCAAAUUACUUUUCUUUUCUUUUUUAGAAAUAGUCAAACCCCAUUUUUCACUGCCAAGGGGAAGGAUUUUUACCAAUCCCCCUCAUAAUGUAUUCAGUGCUAUUCCUGCAGGGGUCCACUCACCCUUAGGCAUAAGCGUGCGUGAUGAGAAUGUUCUGUUUCUCUCACCUAGCUCUACUCUGCUACUUUGGAUGUCGGUCACUAGGACCACAGAGUCUUGGGAACAGCCAUUCUGGCAUGGAAAUGGCAUAAAGGACACUUACGUUUUGUGCUGGUUUGGAAAUGCUAAUUGGCCAUGUUUUGCUACCAGCUUAGAAACUUAAUUUGAUUUGAAGGUUAAGAAAAAUGUACACAUUCUACUAAUUAAUUUAUGCUGCUUGCUUUUCUCUUUGGCCUGUGACAUCUUCCACAUUCAGUCCCAUUCUUA